CUUGCUGUCUAACAACAUGGAAUUGAAUGGGAAAGUUGCUUUAAUUACCGGUGGUUCUCAAGGGAUUGGAAGAGCAUAUUGCAAUUAUUUGGCAAAUGAAGGCGUUAAGGUUGCUAUAUGUGAUAUAAAUGAAACAGAAGGGUUAUUAUUAGAAAAACAGCUAAACAAGGAAGAAAAAAGGUCAGUGUUUAUCUACUGCGAUGUGACGAACAAUACUGAAUUCGAAGAAUCUUUUAGAAAAGUAAUAUCAGAAUUUGGUCAGUUGGACAUUGUCGUGAACAAUGCAGGUAUUCUCAACGACCAUCCAAAUUCAUGGGAAAAAGAAGUUGAAAUAAAUCUUUGUGGAACUAUAAGAGGUUCACUUCUGGGAUUAAAAUACCUGAAACAUGGAGGCGCUAUAGUGGCAACAUCAUCUCUGGCUGGUAUUCUUAAAGAUUCUGCAUUUCCAAUUUAUGCGGCUACCAAAGGAGGGGUCAAUUAUUUUAUGAGAUCUUUAGGUUUUUCGGAAGCAGCCACUGCCAAAGGAAUAAGAACUUUAGCUAUAGCUCCAAGCCUAACUGAUACAGCAAUAACUGAGCAAUUAGUCGGAAAUAACACUAUGUGUCCAGAGCUCCAAUUAGUAGCGCAGAAACGCAGUGAGCGAAUGUAUAAACAGAAGCCAGAAAGUGUAGCAGCUUGCCUGAUUUAUGCCCUCAAGGAAGCAACAUCAGGCUCAGUUUGGCUUGUCGCAGAUGACAACUGGCAACAAAUUAAUUAUGAUAAUCUCCUCCAUUGAACAAUUAAUUAUUAUUGGAUAUUUGUACUUAUACAAAGGCAAGUUGGCGGACUAGUAGUACACUGCUUUAUUUUUAUCUGAAAAAUGAAGAAUACUUUAUUUAAAAAUGUUUAUUGAUACUGGAAUACCCCAGCGAAAACUAUGACAUUAGAUACACACCCUUCUUCCAAAUCCAUUCUUUUACAAAAACUUUUACUUUACAUUCGACGUAAUUUUACAUUUAAAUCGCUCUAUGAAUAUACUGUUUUAGUUUUUUCAAUCAUCAAUAUAAGCUCAC